UGAUUACGACAUUCCAGACCAAGUGAAUGCUUGAACAGGUUGGCUGGCUUUUUGUUAUUCAGCACCGCAGACGGCUGCAUUAUUGAUCUCGUUGGAUUCCCCCACACUCAGCUCGUUCCAUUUCUAAUUUACUGCCCUCGCAAGAGGAGGGAUGCGAAGGCAGAUAUGAGUGAGACAUCAUCAUGGAUGGAAGAAAGAGUCCCCAGAAAAGCAGUUUGCAGCAUGCUGACUCCCAUACAAACACCAUCGUGGAUAUAGAUUUUGGUGAAAAUGACAGCCGGAUGAGAAGCAGCACCUCCUUCAGUAAGGGUUGCAAAGAACUGACACAUCAGUGUUCCUCCCAACACAGCAGCACAAACGAACUAUCUACAUUCUUCCUUCACGGCGAUGGCGAACUGUCUGAAGACUGGGACAGAUGUAGAUCAGUUAGAAAAAGCAAAACACAUGAUUGUGUCAUGGGCAUGGGUCAGCACAGGAGACAUGGCACCACAAACGAUGAGAGAGUAACUUCCUCUGUUAGAAGAAGAGGGAGGCUUAUAAGCAGCAUUAGCUUUUCCGGAUUCGGAAUUGCACAAAAUAGUUAUGGAAGACUCCUACAAGAGAAUGGGAGCACGCCCAACUAUGGUAGGCAAAUUAUUGAUUACAGGAACUUUGCCCCUCAAGUGCCUUUUGUGCCAUCCAUUGCCAAAUCCAUUCCUAAGAAAAGGAUUUCGCUAAGGAAACCCAAAAAGGGUUUCCGAGAUCUGUUUAGCAUGAAAAGGCACAGACAUGAAAAGACAAUGUCUCCAGGGAUCUCUGAGAAGGAGUCAACCUUGGAAGGGCUGAGAAGACGUUCAAAACAUUGGGAGCGUGUGGCUGGAAAUGCUACGCUGCAAGAAUUCUCAGGUAGUGACCCCCUUUUGGACUCUACCUAUGACUACUGCAGCACCUUCAGUGAAGAUGUUGCUUCUGUGAAGAGUUUUGAUUCCCAAAUGGGUUGUGGAGAGAUAUUUGCCGACGAGGAGCAUCAUGUCCACCUGGAGAUAGCAAGACAAAAGGAUCCUGAUAAAGACCGUUGUGAACCAAGAAAGCCAAGUCGUGUUGUGGAAUCUUUUCAAGGGGGUGUGGAGCAGCUAGCAUCUCCAGCUCAGACAGAGGUCAUAGACUUUUUAGGCUUGUGGGAAAGUGUGCGUAACACAGGAUUGUUAAAGCAGGAGGCUAGCACUGAUAGCACAAUGUUGCAUACACCUAGUUUGCCUCCUACACCAGCAAGUGAACAUCAGAUUAAUUCCCCUUAUGACUUGCAAUCUUCUCCUGAGGAUACUGCAAGUGCAGUUAUAAUAAUGCCAAAAAGUGACAUUCAGGAAUCCAUUUCCACAAGCGAUGAAGGAUAUUAUGAUUCGUUUUCCCCAGGGAAAGAGGAGAACAGCAAGGAAUCCAUAACCCCUUGCACAUCCAACAGGUUUCCAAGAGACAGCUACAGCGGCGAUGCACUCUAUGAGCUAUUUUAUGAUGCUGAUGAACCUGGAAUGAGUCCCAUCUUUGAUGAUGGUACAUCUGUGUCAGAGAGUAUUUUAGGGCAGUCCAUCGACCUCCCGUUGUCUAUGUACAGCUUUCACGUUGGUGCUGAAGAAAACCUGGCCCCUCCAUCAGCUCUUGAUGUCAUCAGCCAAGAGGUCCUUCAGAGCAACUGGAAGGGCAAAGAGUGUCUGCUGAAGCUGUGCGAUACAGAAAUAUCCCUGGCAAUGGGAAUCAUGAACUGGCUCAAGCAGAAAACUGACAAGGUGAGUUCAUCUGAAUUAACACAGAUUGGCUCAGAAGAACAGAAAAGCAACGAAUGUCAUAACACCAUGGGGGCAUUCCCUGAGAUUUCCCAAAUAACAAAUAUUGAAGCAUGGAAUGACACCAUGGAUUCAACAAAAACUGAAGAAGAGUCAAUGUUCAAUCAGGAAAGAUCACCUGCUCCUGAUGUUGUCCCCACUACACUUGUUGAGGCCAGUUUAGAGUCUGUCUUGUCUGAGCUGGAUAUCACAAGGGGGCACACAGAAACAAAGACCAAAUUUAUCAUUAACAACAGCCUCAACAUUUUAGAAGCAGAUGGAUACCAAGCCCAUUCUUUAAACAGAGAGGUGAAGAAGACAGCAAGUUCACCUGGUGCAGGAGCAAAUGGCAUAAUAAUUUUUGCUAUUGACAAGGAAUCAUUAUGUGAGACCUGCAGAAAAUCUGUAAAGCACAACUCACAUGAAAUGCAUUUGUGUGCCUCAUGCCUAUCUUUAAUAGACCAUAUUAAAUGUACAGAACUACUAAACAACACAAGUAACAAUGUUCGUGAAUCACUGCCUGUUGAUCUUAGAGGGAACCAUCCUUCAUUGCCUCUGGGGGUUUGUGAGUCCCCUAUGAGUCCAGCUAAAGAAGCAGGUGAUAUCAAUAUUACCCAUCUUCUGGAGCAAUGUGUCAGCCAAGUAUCGUCAUUGAAAAUCAACAGCAGCAGCUGCAAAGAAUCCGAAGGUAAAAACCCAUUCUUUCUUUCAUUUGGCGAGGAAAGUGAUGUCCACGAAGAGAAAGACCUAGGAGCCAAGAAGAAUAAAGAUGUGAUCCAGAAUUUUUUAAAGCCUAAGAAACAUUGUUCGAAUGAUGCAGAUAGGAAAUCAUCAUGUGCCAACUGGACUGGUCUUCAUGAUGGAGAUCCAGACGUCAACAUUAUUGAAAACACUACGUCACCAAGUACCACUAUCUUUCAGAGUUCACCACAGGAGCAAAAGCAUUUGGAAAUAGGUCUGGUUACAACAAACAGCUUGAAUGAACUCAUUUUGGAGACACACCUGAGCCCUUGUUUGAGCAAUUCUGUCUCUGCAAACCUCGAGAGUGAAAAUGCAAGCCAACCUCUCCGACCCACUUAUCUCCCACUCUCCAAUUCUGCUUAUUCAGAGUUCGCAAGCAACCUGACCCUAGAUUUGGACCAGGCGAGGGUGGCGAAACAGUAUGACAAGCCAAGAAGGCACAGGAAGUCAUUGUUCAGUCGAGAUGGACCCUUUGGAUAUGCUUUGUCUGAUGAAAAAAAGGAGGACAGGAAGCGAAGAAUGAAGAAAUGAUCUACUCCACAGUAAAGCAGUCUGGGGAUGCCUUGAUGCAGGAGCACUGCCAUUGACAGACUCACUAUAUGUCUGAUAUAAGCCAGAGAAGCAUUAGAAGGGCUUGUGUUGUCAUGGUGCAGGGCCCUGGAUGUGCUCAGCUUCUGAAGAUCUCUUCAUGUUGGUGAUAAAAGUGAAAUGCUCAUUCAGCCUCACAGAGCCCCAAGGCUGCUGCCCAUCUGUAAUUAAUAACAUCGGUAUCGCUUAUUGAAAAUCCCCACUGCUCUGUACCAACAGCCAUCUUCACUGCAUGGACAUCAUAAACCGCAUUACAUUAAAAAAUACAGCUGAUUUUAAUAUUGAUUUUCAUAAUCAAGCAAAGUACAACAGCAUGUGUUUAAAACACAUACAUAUCUAUUAUAGUAUGUGCUUAGUGAUUUAAAUGAAAAACUAUGACAUACAAUAUUUGUCCUGGGUGGUGACUGAAGUAAUGCAAGUCCUGGUUUGUGCAGCUACU